GCCACAAGCGUACGGCACCGGUCGGCCGACGAUCGCGUCGUCGAGACAAAACACGAGAAAUCAAGCGGAUGAACAGAUCGCGAGGAGAUUAAGCACAAGGCGCCCUCACGAUGCGCCGUCGCGGACGUCGACGACGAUUCGGUUGGUAAGAAACGAGCAUUAAAGGAGUGAACAACCACGCAACGCGGAUUCUGUUAAACGAAGCAAAAAAGAAACAAAAUAAAAAAAAAGGGGGAACUUGUCGUCUCCUUGGUAAUAAAUAUUCGUCGAUUCACCCGAGGCAGAAGAAGUCCACGAAUCAUGAACGUCCGACGACUACCCGGUUUCAUGUACCACUACAGAGUGAUCACGCUGUUCCUCUUCUCGACUUUUCUCCUCGUCAUCUAUCUACUCCUUCACUGGGGUAUUAUGUGCACGAACCUCGAGGCUUGGCGGCACGUAUCCAACGUGUGCAGCACGCACAAAAAAGGGACUGCAAUAGGAAUUCUCUGCGACCCGCUAUGCGCAGAAAGAGGGAUUCACUCGCUUGCAUGCGAAACGCUGCAUGCCGGCAAAGAAGCGGUGUUUUCGGCCCACUGGGAGACAACUCGACUUGUGUUCAAGGCUUCAAGAACGAAGACACCGGCGGAGGAGUUCGAGUCGUUGUUCUGGACGGAUGUGGCCGGCGCAAAGCAUUUCCCAUCCGAGACAGACUUCAACACCAUGAUCAAAGAUCUGGUCGUUAGCAAGCUGAACGUGACGCUGUCGCAGCAUCAAUUAGAGAGGCUGGCGCGACUUCGUACGCAUCGCGUCGAGACCGAGCCCAGUAGGCGACAGCUCGAGAUGGAAAAUCUGUGGCCGCUGUUGCAGGAGAACGAGUACUUGAUGAGCAUCCUGUACGAGGACAGGGACAUUUUUCCACAGUUGAUUGGCACAUGCGGAACCUUCUACGCUGUCGAGUACGUCCGACCUAUUGAAACACCGACGACAAUCCUCGCUCUAUCCGAUUCGAAGCCAGAAUGGGCGAAACGAUUGAAGCUGGCCGUGAUGAUUCUGGACCUGCUCGAGGAACUCGACACCAACUUCCCCGAGCCAAUUCAUCUGUGCGACGUGAAGAUAAACCAUUUCGGUUUGCCCCUCGGCGGACAGAAACUCAAGUUCCUCGACCUGGACGCGGUGUUUCCUAAAACGAUUAUCAGCCGUAUCACGGCUGACAGGAAGAGCUGUGAGAAACAUGAGGACUGCGACUACUUCGACUGUAGAUCCUUCUGUUCCAAGAACAAACGAUGCGAGUCACCUGUCGCCAACAACAAUCUACAAGUCGUGUGCGAGAAGAUAUUUCUCGGCUGGACCCUCUCAGGAACUAUCAUAAUUCCUGGACUACUCAUGUCGGAGCAUACCACCAGCACACUGGCGGUUCUUUUACGACAAUGCGCAAAUCCAGCCGGUGACAUCGAGCAUUUGCCACGUGCUGCGGUGCCGGACAAUUUGAAGACACGAUUAUACAAUAUGCUGCACGAAAUGGAACAAGAGGUUUUUGCUUCCGUGUAG